UCGUGAUGGUAACAAUGAAGUUACAGUUUUAUAAACUGAAGAUACUGAUUCUGUUUUUGAUUUGUUUUGAAACCAAAUCUAACUCCGAAGACUGUAAUUCAUUUAAUUGUGUAGUAACAAAUUAUUUGCAAAGGGAUAGUGAAAUAAAACAAGUAUUACUAUUUGUAAAUGUCACCAGAAUAAGCAACGAGUGUACACGUAAUAUACCAACAAUACUGAUUGACGAUCAAAAUAUUACAAAAGAUCAUUUUUUAACUCGUAUAAACAAACAAUUCUUUGAAAUUCCUAGAUCAACCCUGUUUGUCAUAUCCUGUUUUAAUUACGAUGAUGCCCUUACUGCAGUUUCGAAAAUUGUAACUUUUUUGACUAUCUGUGCUCCUUUCAAAAUAAGGCCUAAGGUUUUAAUUAUUGAGAAACAAAGGAUAAACUGCAAAAAAGUACUUCGACUUAUGUGGUCAAAAAAUUUUCUGGAUGUAACUGUCCUAAGAAUUUACUUUAAACAUAGCAAAUCAGUUUCUUUUUUAUCUACCAAGAGCGACUUUAUCACACAGCAAUUGUUUUUAAAUCCAUUUUCUGCAAAAUUUGUAAACGUUACUGUCUCCUCUAAAGUAAACUUAUUUCCGGACAAACUGAAAAAUUUGCAUGGAUAUCCUCUAAAAAUUGCAUUUUUUCAUUAUCCACCAUACGUUAAUAUCUUUCGAAACUCAACAGGUCACGUUACAUAUUUAGAUGGCUUUGAUGUAGUUAAUGUCAAAGCACUAGCAAAAGCUAAAAAUUUUAGAAUGGUUGAAAAAAUAUCAGAAAGAACUACAUGGCCUGUGUUCAACUGCAUAAAGGAAAAAAACAUAGAUAUGUUUUUAGAUUUAAUGUACAAUGAAAUUCAAUUUAUUGGCGAUCAGUCCGGUAGACCAGCUGGAUGUCUCUCAAAACUUAUUGAAUUAAGUCAUUUUUAUCAAAACAUAUAUCACUACGCAUUGGUUCCAAAAUCUAGAGAGAAAAGUAGUAAUUUGAUAAACAAAUGGGAUGUUUUUAGUGUCGUAACCUUUAUUUACCUACUACUUUCAGUUUGGAUUGUAGCUAAACUUCUGCAAUUUAAUCCAAUAAAUUGGCAAAUAGCGUAUCUAUUGCAAUUGUCACUUGGAUGGAAUACGCCAAAUGAGCCAAAACGUUUAAUUGAAAGAAUAGUAAUGGGUUCAAUGAUUAUAAAUUGCUUUUUCUAUUCGUCAGAAAUUUAUUCAACUUUUACAUCUACCAGCAUUCCAUCAAUGCCAUCUGAUGAAAUAGAAACAUUAGACGAUUUAUUUGCGUCAAAUUUAAGCUUACAUGUAUUUCCUAACAUUUAUCUGGCAGUGUCUCGAGAUGCUACAGGCAAUGCCAAAAAAUUCUAUGAUAGAGCUGUAGUAACGACUGCACGUGAUGAGGAAUGUAUUGAAUAUUUGUUAAAGCAUAGAAAUAUAUCAUGUAUGAUUAGACAUGCUAAAGCGCAGUUAGCAGCCAUCAAGUACAGAAAUGAAUACGGACAGCCACUGACAAAGGUUUUAAAAGAGUACUUAUCUUUUCUCCCUAGUACAUUUUACAUGGAAGAAGGAUCCCCUUACGUUAAAUCUGUUGAAGAAUAUCUAAUAAAAAUAGGAGAAGCUGGCAUAUUUAGUCAAUGGUCAAAAGAGUAUUUGGGUUCAAAAUCGACUAUUCUAGCAGAUACAUCUGAAGAUUUAGUUAUGGAAACUAUAGAAAUCAAUAAGCUGUUAAAAAGAAAUAUUCUCUUUGUCUUAGUGAUAGGUUGUGCUUGUUCCACGUUAAUGUUUGCUGGAGAAGUGAUUUUUCACUUCUGUCAUAGACGAAUUCAAUCACGAUAGUCUUUAUAAACUCCACUGUUUGAAAUUAAAUAAUUAUAUCACUAUACAAAAAAUUGUUUUCGUAAACUAUAAUUUUCUACACUGAGAGACAUUUUAGACUGCAGCAGAGUAACGCACGUGGCAGCAGCGGCGUUGCUAUUGCUGUCCGAUAAGUACUGAGGAUUUUAUAUGGCGAUUUCAUUUAUUUGUUUAAUUUGUUUUAUUAUAUCGCAGUUAUUGAAAUUCAUUUUUAUU